UUGUUGCUACCGUCGGAGCAGCAGAGGGGCUAGCGCUGCUAGCACCGCGGCCGUAAAAAAGAUCUGUGGACAAUUGCUAAGCUAACAUCUUAAAAUCUCGCUGGCGAAGCUGCCCUAGAAACGUUUUCGUCGGCGAAGCAGUGUCGUUAGCUCUCGGUUUGCCCGCCGGAUGACACAAGUCCUGUCGUGAACGUUAUGACUCAUUUAUUUUCACGGAUCAGGUUGAGUUCUUAGCAUUAGCCUCCGAUCAAAGGUCUGACUGGCAGACAUGGAGACUCGGGGGAUUGAAGACAUGUUCGACUUUCGUCGGUUCCCCAAAGACGCAGUUGUUCUGCUGCUGCUGAUGAUUUACCUUCCAGUCGGCGUGUGUUUGAUGUUAAUACGGGCGUUUAUUGGUGUACACGUGUUCUUGGUCAGCUGCGCGCUUCCAGAAUGUUUUGUUAGAAGAUUUAUUGUGAGAGUUAUGUGUUCGGUCCUGGGAAUGCACGUGAGGCAGAAAAACCCUCGGUCCAGAGACAAAAACACCACGCUGUACAUUUGCAAUCACGUGACGCAUUUUGACCACAACAUAAUCAACCUGCUGACCCCCUGUUAUACUCCACAGCUAGAGGGCUCCACGGGCUUUGUUUGUUGGGCCAGAGGCUUCAUGGAGAUCCAUUCAACAUCUGGCCAAGGGGCGAUAGGUGAGACUCUUCAGAGAUACUGUUCCACUGAAGGCACCGCACCGUUGCUCCUGUUUCCCGAAGAGGACACCACAAACGGCCGCGCUGGCCUGCUCAAGUUCAGUUCUUGGCCUUUCUCACUGACCGAUUCCAUUCAACCCGUGGCCUUACGAGUGACCAGACCAUUGAUUGCUUUGAGCACACCAGAGUCCGGCUGGCUGAUGGAGCUCUUGUGGACUUUUUUCGCUCCAUGUACAGUGUACCAUGUAAGUUGGCUCCCACCUGUUUCCAGACAAGAUGGCGAGUCCACACAGGAGUUUGCCAACAAAGUCCAGGAGCUAAUUGCAGGUGAACUUGGCUUGGUCUCCACCAAGAUCACUAAAGCCGAUAAAGCCGAGCACAUCAAAAGGAAAAGACAUGCUGCACCACUAACAUCUACAAGUGUCAGGCCCGGCUCUAUUGGCCUUGGGUUCAUGGUUCAGAGUUUGGGCACAGAUGAUCACAGGAUUGCCAAGAUGGCCCAACAAGUGAAGGAUGUGCUCCCUCACGUCCCAUUGAACAUCAUCGCAAAGGACCUGGCGAAAACCAACUGUGUUGACACCACCAUAACCAACCUGCUGGAGAGCAAAGAGGAAAGUCCGAUGGAAGCAACCGGGACAGCGACGUUCGGCCCUUCAAAGAUUAGCUCCUACUCCUCUGGUCCUUCGCCCACCAUAAAGCCUGCUGCCAAAUCUUUUGGGAGAUCACCGACCGACAGACACUUGUCUCUCCAAGAAAGAAAGGACGCGCUGUAUAAUUUUGCAAGAAGACGCUACAUUGAAAAACACGGAUUGGAUCAAGACGACGUUAACUGAACACACUUUGGGUCAAGCCGCCAUUGAGAACUUGUCAGAAAGAAGCAUAUACUACCUGCAUAGCUGUCUAAUUCAAAUGGUGAUUUUAUAUUCUGUCAACAGGUUCUGUUACAAAGCAGAUUUUGUUAAUUGCAAAUAAUGGAGACAAGUAUUCUGAACAUGUACAUGUUGAUGGAAUGGUUAUUAUGCAUGUCUUUAAUUCUUCAUCCUGGCUGAUACAUAAUUUUGAUAACAAUUUGUAUUACAAUCCACUGACUGUGAAUCAUCUAUUUAUUUUUAUAAUGUCCAGAGUCAUUGAUGAAAAUAAAGUUCAGCUUGACCUCGC